GUACGCGCUCUCCGACGAGGACGGAAGCUUUGUUGUGCACACGACGUGAAACCAGUCCCGGGAAUCGAGAACCUGUUUUUUAUGAAACCUGCAUCGAAAUGCCAUCUAAAGAAGUGAAUCCCGAUCUGCUGAAGGAGCGCCACACAUAUACCUUUGAUCCCCACGAGCUUGCCGUCUUCUGGGCAGGUGGCGAGGAGAGAUACAAAGAAAAGAAAAGCCUGGAAAAAAUGUUUCUCGAGGACCCGGCAUUGAAGGAUGAUCUACCAAUCUCCUACCUGUCGCACAAGGAGCUGUACGAGCACAGCCUACGCAAGGCGUGCAUCAUAGGCGAGAAGAUACGGAAACUCCGUGCUGAAGGCGAGGAUGGCGUCGAUACCAACAAUGCGCUGCUUGGUGGCUCUCUGGGCGCCGCCAUAUUGAAGGAGGGCAAUCCUUUGACCCUACACUAUGUGAUGUUUGUGCCCACCAUCAUGGGUAAGGGCACUAUGGACCAGCAGGUGGAGUGGCUGAGCAAGGCAUGGGACUGCGAGAUUAUUGGAACCUAUGCUCAAACAGAGCUAGGACAUGGAACGUUCUUGUGGGGUCUGGAGACUCGCGCUGAUUACGAUGCCAGAACCCAGGAGUUUGUCAUAAACACCUACAAGUGGUGGCCGGGAGGCUUGGGUCAUACGGCAAACCAUGCUGUUGUGGUGGCUCAAUUAUACACCAAGGGCGAGUUCCGUGGUCUGGUGCCGUUCAUUGUCCAGCUGAGGCACUCGGACACUCACGAGCCUCUGCCUGGCAUCGACAUCGGCGAUAUUGGUACGAAACUGGGUAUGAAGUCCGUGAACAAUGGCUAUCUGGGUCUGAAGAAUGUCCUGAUGAAGAAUCAACAGGUUCUGCCGGACGUCACCUAUGUGGCGCCCAAGAACAGCGUUCUCACCUAUGGAACAAUGAUGUUUGUUCGAUGCGCUCUGAUUCGCGACACUGCCCAGAGUCUGGCCAAGGCAUCUACCAUUGCCUCAAGGUACUCGGCGGUGCGCCGACAGAGUCCUAUCGAUCCAAAUCAGCCGGAGCCACAGAUCAUGGACCACACCACCCAGCAGCUGAAGCUGUUUCCCCAAAUAGCCAAGUCCAUUGUAUUCAAAACCACCGGCGACGGUAUUUGGAACAUGUACAACGUCUUGUCGGGGGAGAUCGAGCAGGGUAACCUAGACCGCCUGCCCGAGAUGCAUGCCCUGUCCUGCUGCCUGAAAGCCAUCUGCAGUGCUGACGCCGCCGCUGGUGUGGAGACCUGCCGUCUCUCCUGUGGCGGCCAUGGCUACAUGGACUGCUCCAAUUUCCCGACCAUAUACGGCAUGACGACCGCUGUCUGCACGUACUAGGGUGAAAACACAGUAAUGUUGCUGCAGACUGCCCGAUAUCUGGUUAAGGUAUACGGCCAGGCCUUAAACGGGGAGAAGCUGGUACCAACAGUGGCCUACAUCAAUGACGCGCUAAAGGAGAGGCAGUUUGUUAACUCCGAUGGUUCCCUAGAAUCUAUUGUCAAGGCCUUCCAGUUUGUGGCCGCCAACAAAAUCCGUAUUGCCUAUGAGCAGAUUGAGCAGCGUCGUAGACAGGGCCACAGCACCGAAAUGGCAGCUAAUCUGAGCGGAACCUUUUUGACUGCAGCGGCAGACGUAAGUAAAUAAUUUGAAUCAGCCUAUACGGAACUGUUGGCCGUGUCGCGACAGGUUUCACCAGCGCUGGCCGAUGUCCUGAAGGUGGUGCUGGAGCUAUACCUAGUUGAUGCCGCGUAAGAUUUCAUCGACCUCACAGACAAAGAUGUCACAACGUUGGAGAUUCGCCUGCAGAACUGCCUGAAGCAACUGCGACCAAAUGCCGUCACCUUGGUGGACAGUUUCGAUUUGCAUGAUCGCGUUCUGGACUCUGUACUGGGGGCGUACGAUGGCAACGUCUACGAACGCAUAUUCGAGUCGACCAAAAAGAAUCCGCUCAACAAGGAGCCUGUGAACGAAGCAUUCCACAAGUACCUGAAACCCUUCAUGAAGGCACACCUCUAAACACACUUAUUAAGUGGGUUAUUUUCCCCGCUAUUGUUACUCUUGUAAAUAUAUUGUUGUGCAGUUGAAAUUAGGCUGUAAAGUUAUACUCGCACGAAUAAAUAAGUAAUUUUUAGGUAUUCU